AUGACAGGUGAAAAGAAAUCCGUUCACCCGGCUUUUGCCAUCAACAACAUCAAAUCUCUGGUUCCAGUCAUCUUAGAUAUCAAACAAGAUGAAUACUCCUCAUGGGUAUUUCUCUUCGAUCUUCAUCUUCAAGCUCAACGAUUGCUAUUUCUGAUUGAUGGUUCACAACGACCUACGGAUAUUGAUGCCGAUACUGAAACAGUUAGAUGCUCUUUGUCGUCAAUGGAUGUUUGCUACUAUGACCAAGGAUCUUAUGCUUACCAUUCUCAAGAAGGCAAAACCGCAAAGGAGAUUUGGGACCAUCUCAAAACACUUUUUCAAAACAACAAAGGAAGCCGUGCUGCAAAUCUUGAAAGUAAGUUUGUAAACCUCAAGUUUUCAGAUUGUGCUAGUGUUGAUGAUUAA